GUUCCAAUAGGAGGAGAAUAGGAAGUGAGGAGGAGGAGCUUGUACUGACUUGUCUGCUUCUCACAGCACUGAGCGAGCGGCCCUCGGCGUGUCACCGUUACCUGCCGACACACCUGGAGAACUCACCACACUAUGGCUCCUAAGAGGAAGGCAGCGGCCCAGACUAAGAGUGCCACAAAGGGUAAGAAGACCAAGGUGAAAGAAGAGGUCAAGGAGGAGGUCAUCCAGGCCCCGGACCGGUUCCAGAGCGCUGUACAGGCCCUAAAAGCAAACUCUGAGAAGAAAGGGAAGGCAAAAGUGGAUGCGGCCUGCCCACUGAGCGGCCAUGACGAAUAUGAGGUAUAUGAAGACUACGAUUGUAUGCUAAACCAAACCAACAUCGGGCACAACAACAACAAGUUUUACAUCAUCCAGCUCAUUAACUGUGUAAACCGUAAACCGGCAGAGUACAGCUGCUGGAACCGCUGGGGCCGGGUGGGGGAAACUGGCCAGUCCAAGCUAAACCAUUUCUCAGACCUGGGAGCCGCUACGAAAGAUUUUGAGAAGAAGUUUAAGGAUAAAACGAAGAAUAACUGGUCAGAGCGAGAGAAUUUCACCGCGCACCCGGGAAAGUACACCAUGAUAGAGGUGCAGCACUGCGACGAUGAGGAGACGGAGGUCACCGUCAAGGUGGACACAGUGGACGGAGUGUGUAAGAAGACCCGGCCCUGCACCCUGGACAAGCCCACCCAAGACCUCAUGUCUCUGAUAUUCAGCAGUGACAUGUUUAAGGAUGCCAUGCAGACCAUGAACCUUGACAUAAAGAAGAUGCCGCUGGGGAAGCUGAGCAAGGCUCAGAUCGCCAAGGGAUUUGACGCUUUGGAAGCGCUUCAGGCGGCGAUCGACAGAAAGGCGAAAAAGGCGGAGCUCAGUGACCUGUCCUCCACCUUCUACACCAUCAUACCGCACAACUUUGGCCGCCAGACGCCUCCAGUCAUUGACAGCCUGGACGUGUUACAGGCCAAGAAGGACAUGUUACUGGUCCUCGCAGACAUCGAGCUGGCCCAGACGCUGCAGGCAGAUAAGCUGAAGCAGGAGAAGGAAGAGGAGCUCAUCGAGGUCCCUCACCCCCUGGACGUAGAUUAUGAGUUACUGAAAUGCCAUCUCAGCCUGCUGGAUCCCAAGUCUGAGGAGCAUAAGGUGAUUGACAAGUACGUGAAACAGACAGGACCCAACUACACUCAUCUUAAAAUCCUGAACGUCUGGUGCGUGGACAGAGAGUAUGAGGAAGAACGGCUCAGCGCCCACAAUGACAUCGAGAACCGCCGCUUGCUCUGGCACGGGACUAACGUGGCGGUGGUAGCUGCAAUCCUGAAGAGCGGCCUGCGCAUUAUGCCCCAUUCGGGAGGGCGUGUGGGUAGAGGGAUAUACUUCGCUUCUGAGAACAGUAAAUCUGCCGGAUACGUUGGCUGCACCUCCAACAGGCUGGGGAUCAUGUUCCUGAACGAGGUGGCUCUGGGGAACGAGUAUCACAUCAAAAAAGAUGACCACACUUUGAAAAGCGCCCCCAAUGGGUAUGACAGUGUGGUGGCGCGCGGGACCACAGAGCCAGAUCCCAAACACGACUACGAGCUGGUCCUGGAUGGCAGAAAGAUCAGUGUUCCCCAAGGAAAACCGGUGAAGAUUCCCAAAUUCAACGACUCCUUCUUCUCGCAGAGCGAGUACCUGGUUUACCGGGAGAGCCAAUCGCGCCUGCGCUACCUGCUGCUACUCCAGUUCUAGGGGCCACCUGUGGACCCCCCUCAUAUCACGGCUCCUCUCCAGGCUUACAGACCCCAGAAAUGACCUCCCAGCUUUACUGACACGCUAUCCUGUUAUACUGACAUAAGCGGCCAUCAGGACAGGAGGACGGCGCAGGCGGCCAUUCUGUGCGCUGAACGCAGCCAAUCUAUCCUGAGAGGGGUCAGCGGUUCCUGUGUGGAUGUGUUCAGCCUCCAGAAUGGCGGCCUCCGCUGCGCAGGUGACUGAGGCCGUGCGGAGCUACUGGUGGAAUGUGUAUAAAAGGAGGAUGACUCUUACUGACGUUUCUCUGGCAGCCAGGUGGCAAUGUAUGAUGGGUCAGUAAAUAUGACGCUGUCUAUCUACACAGAAGCUAUAGCGUAAUAUGUUAUAUACUAUACAUAUAUAUAUAAUAUACAUUUACUUACUGUCUAGUAAUAUAGAGUAUAUAUAAAUGAGUCUUUAUAUACAGAUGUUCCGGUAGCUGCUUACAGAGGACGUAAUAAACUGUGUGUUUACAAUGA